AAAUUUAUUAUUAAAAGAUUAAUAACUUUUGUGGUAUAAAGGGAAACUUUAAAUACUUGUAUGAUAACUUUAACCCGUCUAAUAAUAAAUUAACGUACACCCGCUUUUUUUUGGGAGAAUUUGUGUGUUUUGAAAGGUUAUGAGAAAGGUUAGGGCUAAACCUAUUGGAAAUGAAUGAGAUGUAUUGAAAAUAAUAGUGUGUUUUUUCCAAAUAGAAAGUGUUUAAGCUAAUUUAAGACGGACAAAAAAAAGUGUUCUAAAUGUUUUAGGAUUUAUGGGUUAAUACAUUCUAUACUACAACAUGCACUAAAUCUGUUAAGAUAGAAUAUAUCUUAUAUGAUAAUAUUUUAGGAAUAUAUUGUGGUAUUAUCUUGAUAGGUUAAUUAUUCCCCAAGCUAUACUCUUGUAUAAAUAUACGUUAAAGAUGAAUGAGAAUAUUUGUGCUUUUGUGAUUAAUUUGUCAUUGUAUCAAAAGCCAAACCAAAUCCUAAAUAAAAUUUUUUUUCCGUGUGAGAACAAAUCGUGAGUGAUGGGUGAGAAGACACCGAUAGAUUGACUUAACAUAUUACCUUGAUAAUCCCGGUAAUGUGAUCACGCCUAUUCAAUUGCGUGCGCGAGAAUUAUGAUGAGUAGGCACAAGCUAUCCGUCGAUCUUUGAUGGCUAAAAGAAAAUUUGGUUUUGUGGAUGGCACAAUCCUACAACCAAAAGAUAAAUCGAAAUUGGUGGACUGGAUUGCGGUACAGUUGGUGUUGGUAUCAUAGAUUUCUAACACUUUUGAUUCAAAGCUACGCCCCACGAUCGGUGAUUAUGAUGAUGCUAGUGUUAGUGGACGAAUUUGAGAAUCGAUUUUGUGUUGUUAGUGGUACUCAUUUGUGCCAAUUGAAGACAGCCUUGGGCGAGUGCAAGCUAAGCAAACUCCGCAAGAGUCGGUGGCUGACUAUUUUGGCCAGCUCUUGAAGGUGUGGAAAGAACUUCUCACGUUUAUACAUGUGCCGAAGUGUGCGUGUGGGAAGUGUGUAUGCAACAUACUUGCCCAGGUGGAAGAAAUUAGGGAGGAAGAUUACCUCCACUAUUUUUUGAUUGGGCUAGAAGACCAUUAUGCUCCGAUCAGAGCAUAAUUUCUUGCGCAAAAAUCUCUUCCAUCAAUUGAUAUAGCUUAUCAAAAUAUAGUCAUGGCAGAGAGGCUUCGUGGUAGGGGUUCGACCAAGGAACCCAAAGAUACGGUUAUGGCGUUUUGGGUGGAUGCGAAGUCGAAAUCAAAGUUUGUUGACAAUAGUGAUAAAUUAUGUAACCAUUACAAUCGGGAAGGACAUGAUGAAGUGGGUUGUUUUCAAUUGAUUGGCUAUCCCGAGUGGUGGGGUAAUCGUGGACGAGGCAAAAGUGGUCGUGGACGUGGAGGGGGAUGUGGCAGUGGUGGCCGAGGGUCUCGUAACAGCAGCAGUGGCUCGGCACCGUCUAGCUCCUCUUCCCAACAGUCUUCUGUCCGUGCAAGUAAAGUGGCAGGGGGCUCGACAAAGCAGCAACAAGGUGGGGCAUCUACCUCUGAUGAUGCAGCUGGCUUGGUGGGUAUUUCGGCUACCCAAAUUCAGAAAAUAUUGGAUAUUUUAAAUCCAACAAAUAAAUCAUUACACGGACCUGCAGACGAGGAGGGUGAUUGGUGUGGGUGAACGUGAAGAUAGACUGUACCUUUUCCAUGGUGUUCCACAAGUGAAGGUUCUAGCAGUAGAUGGAGAGUCUUUGUUGGAUCUAUGGCAUCAACGGAUAGGUCAUCCAUCAGAGACAGUGUUGAAGAUGAUUCCGAUUGUGAGUGGUUCUUCAAGGAGACUUAAUAAUAAAACAUGUGAUGUUUGUCCUCGUGCAAAGCAAUCUAGAUGUAGUUUUCCAAUUAGUGAUAAUAAAGCAAGUCGUAUAUUUGAACUUGUUCAUAUUGAUUUGUGGGGCUCGUAUAAAACACCUUCUUUGUGUGGAGCUCAUUAUUUUUUGACAAUAGUUGAUGAUUUUUCUAGGGGUGUUUGGAUUUAUUUAUUGAGAAAUAAAAUGGAGGUUGAAUUGAUGUUUUUGAAUUUUAUUGCUAUUGUUAAACAACAAUUUAAUCAAGUAAUUAAAAUUGUUAGGAGUGACAAUAGGACGGAAUUUAAU